AUGGCGGUCCAAGAGACCAUUGCUGCCCUUACCUGGCAGCAGACCGGAUACUUGCUUGCAGGUAUCUGGCUCAUCUACGUCGUCCAGCUUGUGAUUUGGAGACUAUGGUUAAGCCCUCUGGCUCAUAUCCCUGGUCCCAAGCUGGCGGCCCUGACUCAAUACUAUGAGUUCUACUACGACUUUGUCCUCGGUGGACAAUACACUUACAAGAUCAUCGACAUGCACGAGCGAUAUGGCCCCAUUGUGCGCAUCAACCCCUGGGAGGUCCAUGUUGGAGACCCUGAUUUCUUCUCGGAGCUUUACACUGGACCCAGCCGACGUCGGGAUAAGUGGACUUUCUACACCCAACAGUCCGGCGCUGCUCGUACCCAAGUCCCUCACCCAACCGCUAUCGCUGGGCCCAAGACAGCGACAGAAGGCUCUCUUGCUGCCAUCGACCACAGCCUCCACAAGAAGUUGCGUCGAAGUGCGCUGAACCCUUUCUACUCAACUCAGACUGUGCGCGAAUUGCAGCCGGUUAUUGAAGAGAGAGUGGAAGCCCUUCUGGAUGCGUUCCUGAACUACGCCGAAGUGUCCCACGGCCAACCUCUUGAUGUCAUGUAUCCCUACUCAGCUUUUACCAAUGAUGUCAUCAACGAAUAUGCUUUUGCUCGAAGCGACCACUUGGUUGAGAAGCCGGAUUUCGGUGCUGAAGUCACCAACGACCUUCUUAUCGGCACCCACAUGGGGCCUUGCGUACAGCAGCUCGACUGGGUGCUUACGCUUGUCAACGCUCUCCCAGAGUCCAUCUCAAACCGAUGCAUGCCAGGAUGGGGUGGGUUCUUAAAGAUGAAGAACGACAUCCUCGAGCAGAUCCAUAGCAUCGAUCCCCCUCAAAGCACCGGCAAGUGGAUGAUGGAUGGAGGCCACCCUACCAUGCUCUCCACCAAGUCUCGCUCCGUACGUGAGAAGACUGUGUCCCGCCAGAAGCAAGAAAGCCAAAUCACUGUCCAAGGCGGUACUCUUACAACAUCGUGGGCCAUGUCCCUCGCAACAUUCCAUCUCCUCAACCGCCCUGAGACCCUUCGCAAGCUGCGCGACGAGCUCUUCGCUGCUAUUCCCGAUGCCUACGAGAGCACCCCGCUCUCGCUGCUGGAGAAGCUCCCCUACCUUCGGGGAGUCGUCAAGGAAGCUCUGCGUCUCGGCAUUGGAACCAGCAGCCGUCUCGCACGUGUUGCCCCAGACGAGGCUCUCGUCUACCACGAUCGCGAGAAUGACGAGGAAUGGAACCUACCCCCCGGAUCCAUCGUCGGCAUGAGUCCCUACAAGACUGUCAUGGACGAGAGCAUCUUCUACGACGCACGCGGUUUCCACCCUGAGCGCUGGGUGGAAGAUGGAGAGCGACUCGACAAGUAUCUCGACAUCUUCUGCUCCGGCUCCCGCAUCUGUCUCGGCAUGGCUUUAUCCCACGCCGAGCUCUACCUCACGCUGGCCAAGCUCUUCCGCAGAUGGGGAAGUGGCGGUGUUGUGUUUGGCAGCGAUGAUGGCGAUCAACGCGACGGAGAUGUUGGCUACCUCAGCAUUUUCGAAACAAGAGUGCGAGACUGCGAGAUCGAUGCCGACUACUUCAUGCCUAUCCCAUAUAAGGGAUCGGAGGGUUUCCGCUUCGUAUUCGAAGCCUACUAA